AUGCACAGGGGCGGACUUACCAUUUGGAAACUCAGGCACUGCUCGAGGGACCGGGGUCAGUAGGGGGCCCCAUGAGAUGCCCCUGGUACCUUUUUCAUAGGCUUUUUUGAGUUUGGGCAAGGACACAGGGGCCCCAUGAUCCCCUAUUUCCCGGGGGCCCCAUGAGUUGUCAGUCCGCCCCUGCUGAUGCAACUGACUUAUCUGGACUUCAUCAGUGCCCAUCAUUGCAGCCUAUCAGUGUCCAUCAGUGCAGCCUCAUCAGUGCACAU